UUUCGCUGCCAUCUUUUCGGCGUGUAUUUAUAAAACUGUUGAUUUGUCUACAUAAUUUCGUAAUUUCAUUGAAUUAUCACUAAUUUGUGUGAUUCUACUGUAGUUACUAUAAGCUAUAUUAGUACGCUGGCAAAAUGUAUUCUCUCGUGGGCUACGGAAGUGAUGAUGACGUAGAAUCAGAACGAAGCGCUCCUCAACAAUCCACGACUGAAUAUUGUAGGUGGCAGCGGGCAGCCGUCGCCGGGAAGAUGAUACGAACUACGAUGACGUCAACAUGGACAUGAGUGAGGACUCGCAGGCCGGGGAGUCGGAGCCCGAGCUGCCCCCAGUCGAGCCACGCUCAUCGACGAACUCCAAAAGGGAAGAAAGACACAGUUCAAAUGAGAGUCGCGAACGCGCGCGCUCCCGAGACAAGGACAGGGAGCGCGGGAGGGACAGAGACAGGGAGAGAGCGCGGCGCGACGGGCGGGGGGAGCGCGGGAGGGACAGAUCAGAGAGAGACCGCCGACGCAGCCGCGACAGCUUGUCGAGGCGAGGCCUGCUGGGAGACAAGCCCGACGACAGUAAGGUGCCAGCCUUGAUGGACCUGAAGCCGUUUGGUGGCACGUCGCCCCCGGGACACGACCUCAAGAGGUCGCACGACGCCAGGGACGCCGCCUCGCCCCGGUUCGUUGACCGCGACCGCCGCGACAAAGACCGCGAGAGGGAGAGGGAGAGAGAGAGGGACAGGCACAGCCGGAGGUCCGAGGAGAAGAGGUCGUCGAGCGCGCGCCACCCGGAGCGGCGGGAGCGCUCCCGGUCGCGCGGCCCCGCCUCCUCGCACGCCCCCAGCAAUAGUUCGAGUGAAAGACGAGAGUCUGUGUCGAUUCCACCUCCAAACGAGUUCAGGUCUACAUCUUACAAAGUCAAUAAGAAACUUGAAGUUAUGGAGAAAAUGGGUCUACAGAUCAAGCGCCCCGACGGCACGAUGGCGACGGCGCGCGAGCUGCGGGCCGGUCUGCCAGCCGACACGCAGGCCUCCAGGGUGCUCGACCAGGUAACCGUGACCCCAGUACAAAAACGCAAGCUCCUCUGGGCAAACAAGAGUAAGGCGGACACGGCAGAGGCGACCAAGUGGACGGGCACCAGGUUCGCGCAGGACGCUGACGGCAAACAAGUCUCCAAGUUCAUGAGGCUCAUGGGCAUCAAGGAACCUGCUGCGGCUCCACCGCCAGCAGCCCCGAGCAAGGAAGUGGACCCCAUCAAGAAACAGGAGGAACUGUUCCAAGCCAUGCAAGCGCAGUACGAGGUGGCCCGCGCCACCACGCACACCAUGAGAGGAGUCGGGCUUGGCUUCCAGAGGGGACAAUUCUGAACUGUUACUAAAAAAGUUAAAUGUGGAGUUGGUGUCUGUUCCGAAUGAUGUGAUCGCUGUCUCCGCGCAAUUAGGGUCCUCGGCUGUGAGGUUCCCAGAGACCGGUGCAGUCGGAUCUUACAUAGCAAGUGGCAUUGAUGUUUGUGAAGUGAUAAAUCUACAACGUUAGUGUUGUGCUAUCAGUUUGUGUUAAUUCUGCGGUGUUAAUAUAACUAUUGGAUCCUCUCUGCAUAUCGACAGAAGAAUCAUUGAAUAAAAUCAACGAAUUCUACAUAUGAAACAAGGCUUCCAACGGACACGAUGCUGUUAGUAUUGUAUAUAUACCAAAUGUGGAUUUUUAAGGAUAGUUAUAAUGGAUAGUUUUUGUUUUUUUGUUUUUUUUUUUUAUAAUAUUACUAUGUAGAAGAUUGUAAAAUCAAUUUUCGUUAUGAUUUAUAAAGCUGUGAAUGUAAUAAGUCGACAUUUUCAAGUAAUAACAUUGUGAUUCAGCCUUUUCUAAAUACAUAUAAUUUACAACAUUAUUCCUUGCAUGUGUCGAUGUUAAUGUUAAGCGUCAUAGGGCUCGCUCAUGCAGUAAUUUCAACACAAACAAUUUUAGAACUAGAUAUAUGAAUAAUAAAAUUAACGCAUUGACUGUCGUGUGGGUCACCGGUGCCCUACGGGGCGCAUUGAAGUAAUUCUGUCGAUUUCUGUUACUAAGGCGCUAGGAUUGCCUAACUUUGGCUACUUUAGAUUUUGUUAAUGUAUGUUUUAGUAUUUUAGGUCUUUUAGAAAUGGAUUCAAUCUCAGUACCUUUGGAUUCGUGUUUUCCAGAGUUUACUAGAUAUUCUGAUGGGGUCUGGUGACCUAUAUUGCUGUCAAAGGAUUAAAUAAUAAAUAUAAUGUGAUAAUUAUUUUUGUUAUAAUUUAGAAUUUUGUAAAUCUGUCUGAUCUUAAGGUAAUGGAAGGCCAGUUACGAGGCCUUUUAGACCACGUUGCUAACAUAAUACGGUCUUUAAAAAACUCAAGCUCGCAAAUGUCGCAGGCAGCGCAGUACUGGCAUUCAUUGCAAAGCUUUCGAAGCCACACAUGUCCUAAGCUCUUAUCACGAUUGUUCGACUAAAUCUAAACGGUCUUAUUCUUGCUCACCCCACGACAUCAGACUGUGAGACGGUAAGUGUGGUCAAGUCCAGGCGAUUGGCUCCAGAGCAUACUUAUUUUGC